GUAGAUACAAAUUACGGGGAUUUUGUUGUGAAGUUUCAAGGAAGAAAUGUGAGUCUUAUAAGCCUGAUUGAGCGUCUUCGUAAUCUUAACAUCACGACGUUUCAGAUUGAGGACUUCCUUGAAAAUGUGAACAACCACAAGCACUUAAAGACACACUCGUGUGAAGGCAGGUGUUACUUAGAAGAAAGAAGCCAUUCUAAAACUUGUUAUUGUGAUCUGGCUUGUGUUUCGUUGGGUGAUUGCUGUUUGGAUUUUCACUUGAGGUAAAUAUCACACUGUUUGUUUGUUUUUGUUUUUUUUUUGGUUGUUGAUGGCACGAGCUUUAGGUCUCAGUUUCGCAAAUCACUAUUUAAACGUUACAAAACACACCAGGUUCACGCGUCAACACUAAUACCUUUUGCAUCGUUAUAUUUUUUACUAUCCCCACAAACACAAAGCCGACUGAAACGCCAAUGCGCAAAUUCGUGUCGUGCCUGAACAUUUUCGAAGACCGUCUUUCCAGCAAGUCUGCACUAAAGCAACACCGAACCUUUCAUGUUUUCAAAGGGUCAUUCGUGAACUACCACACUGAUAUCAAAACGUAAUAAAGGUGGGCUCUGUUAACUGUAUUCCUUUGCAUGUGCAGGUGUGAUACAUUUAGAAACGCACGAAUUGAUUCAUCAUUUCGAAAUAUGACAUGCGAGGACUUGAGUACUUCUUCAUGGACAAAUGGAGUUAUAAUGAAAUCUUCUUGCAGUUUACAGCCAAAAAGUCAAGACACGAACGAGUGUCAAACCAUUCAAGAUCUGAAUAUGACACUGGAAAAAGAAUUGCCUGUGUUUGACAUUAAUAACAAUGUAACAUACCGCAGCAUUGCUUGUGCGAAGUGCAACAACGCAGGAAACCUUUCGUUCUGGGGUCUAGAAAUAGCGAAUUGCCGGAGUCAGAGUUUAGAGUCGCUUCAAGCCAACGUUACAGCGAUCAAAAGGUUUCUGAAAGAAAAUGACCAGUGCUCGUGGCGAUAUGUACCGCUUUUAAACCUUAAACAACCUUACAAGAGAUGUAUUCCACAGGACAUGGUUUGUGCUUCUAAUCAAUUACCAGUCAUGUCUGUAAUCAGGAAGUUAUGUUCCUCUUAUUCUAUGCCGAUCAUAAUAGCUGGUUUAAAUACACGUCUAUCUUUCCGAAACCCUCACUGCGCACUCUGCCAACCAAAUGAACGAAAAAAAGGGGAUGCAAGUAUUGCGGAAGUCAGCCUAGCAUCUUUCGGUGAUUUGGGACCACCCCUGUCGAUCUUAUUUGAUGUGAGUUCGAGCGUUCUAGAUGAGAAGGUGAUACAAAAAGCUCAACCGCCCUCAGCGAAUUAUCAAGACAAUCUGACGUCAUUAUUCAACUGCAGCUCAAGUGAGGCUAAUUGUACAGUUAUCUAUGGCGGUGAAGUAUGUACACUUUUGACGUCACCAAUAAAUCGUGUAAUACCGAUAUCUUUGAACUCCAGUCGAGUAACAGUGUUUGCAUCACAGGUGUUACAAAAUCAAGAGAAAGAAAUGAGACUAAACGGAAGUGUGUUUUAUCUUGUGUGUCCAGAUAACCAGAACCCAAAAGAUUUGCAGCGGGAAGCCUCUACGACCCUUGGGCAAAUCACAUUUGCUGGCACAAUAGUCUCGAUUGUCUCGAACUGUUUUUUGCUCGUUGUUUACCUAUGUUUCAAACAACUGCGUAACUUACCUGGAAAAUGUCUCAUUAGCCUCCUAUCGGCAAUGCUGUGCAACCACAUUAUUUUUCUUUGUGCUGCUAAGUUCCAACAAGUUGACCUUUACUGCAAAGCAAUCGCAAUCUGCCUUCAUUUCUUUUUUCUGGCUUCCUUUUGGUGGAUGAGUGUCAUGGCGUUUGAUACAGCAAAUGCGUUUAACGUUUAUGGUUAGUGUAUAUAAUACAAGCUUUCAAUUACUUUUAAAAGAUACUUUAAAAUUUAUGUAACGCAGCAAACACGCAGGUUUGAGGAGCUCCAAGCAUACUUCUUGCUCUUGAAUCAUUUUGUUUCUACACCCGAGAGUUGAUAAAAGUGGAGUUAUCUGUAUUUGUAUAAAUCGUGAUUCUAAAACAACUGUCUGUAGAAGAUAAAUCCAAAAUUUCUUCCAAACUCCCAAGCGAAAAACCAUUAAGAAAAUUUGACAAGCAGAUCGACAAAGAGUAGGUGGGAUAUUAUGUCAGUGGUGCAGGUGAUGAUGAUGAUGAUGAAGACGGCAAUAGUGAUGAGUUUUGAUAGUGAUAGGCCUUUUGCAUUAGUUGAUCACAGUUCGCUUUUGUAAAAUUUUUUUAGCACAAGCUGAAAGAACAUAUUAAAAUUAAGUAACCUGUAAAUUUUCAGCCGUAAAUCUCAAAAAUAGCGAUUGCAACGGCCGCCGAAAGUUAGAAGGAUUUGUAUGAGACGAAAAACUUUUGCCAUUCAGUCACGCUUGAAUGGUUUCCCAUACAAAUCCUUGUAAAUUUUGAAAUUUUCAAACUCUCGAGAAAUAUUCCCUUGAGUAUUAUGGGACUCAAAUCUCCUUUUAAUUCAUAACAGGCCCUUUGACCCCUUAAAUGCGAAAGGAAAGUUUAACAACAGUUUAAAAAUUUCAAAAUUUACAAGGAGACAGUGACAGUAAGAAAGAUUAUGAUGAUGACAAUGAUGAUGGCGAUGACGAUUUUUUAAAAUAUAUUCUAAAUUUUUUAAAUAUAUUUUAUUUUGUGCAGUACGUGACACAAGAAGGCAAGCUUCUGACAUCAGAAAGACUUUCAUCAAAUAUUGUAUUGUUGGCUGGGCAUUUCCUGGAAUCAUUGUGACUGUAUGCGCUGCGCUGGACUCCACUGAAACCUUCCAUGUUGGAUAUGGU